GAUAACUCGCGACAGACUCAUGUCCUUGGAAGAAUCUUGUGGCUGGGUUCUUAUAAAAUCACAGCGGAAAAUUCGUAUCGAUUGUGUCUAUUCUGCGGGGUAAUACCAAACGGGAGUGAUACACAUCAUCUGCAACUAUGUCGUCUGGUCGAUACUUCAAGCUUAAUUCGGGGUUUUCAAUUCCCGCCGUCGGGCUGGGUACUUGGCAAUCGGGUCCCAACGAGGUCUCUCGGGCUGUCGAGUUCGCUCUGAAGCAUGGCUACCGUCACAUCGACGCAGCAGCAGUUUACGACAACGAGCAGGAAGUCGGCGCUGGCAUCAAAGCGUCAGGCAUCCCGCGCAGCGAGAUCUUCCUGACUUCCAAGCUCUGGAACACGCAUCACAAGGGUUCGGAUGUCGAAGAGGCUCUGGACCAGUCCCUCGAGGAUCUGGGAACUGACUACGUCGACCUCUACUUGAUCCACUGGCCCGUGUCUUUUGUGAAGCCGGCGGAGAAAACGCUCCGCUUUCCAAUUGACCCCUCAGAUGAGGGUGUUCACGUCAUCGACGUUCCUAUCGAGGAGACGUGGAAAGCUCUGGAGGCCCUCGUAAAGAAGGGCAAGAUCAAGAGCAUCGGAGUUAGUAAUUUUACUCAACAAAAGAUUGAGGAAAUUCUCAAGUUCGCUGAAAUCAAGCCUGUGGUUAACCAAAUCGAAGCCCACCCCUACCUGCAACAGCCUGGUCUGCUAGAGUGGUCAAAGAAGAAUGACAUCCUAAUCACGGCAUACAGCCCUUCGGGUAACAACAUCUACGGUCUCCCCAAGGCCAUAGACGACCCGACGAUUAUUGCCAUCGCCAAGGAGCUCGGCAAGCAGCCAGCUCAAAUCCUCAUCCAGUGGGCGGUUCAGCGCGGGACCGUCGUGCUUCCCAAGUCCGUAACGCCGUCUCGCAUCGCCGAGAAUUUUGAAGACUUUGAGCUUCCGGACGCCGCGUUUAAGCGCAUCAACGCGUUGGACAGAACGCAUAGAUAUAAUGUCCCGUUGCGGCUAGGCGUGAAUGUGUUUGGCGAGCACGAUGAGGCGACAUUGAAGAAGGCUCGACAGGAUUGGAUUGCCGCGCAAAGGGCACUCAAGGCAGCGAAAUAAGAUAGAUUGUGCCUAUUAUAGAAGCAGUACUUAAGACUAUAGAUAUUAAGCUCGAUUCACUUUCAACCAUCUAAGGUCCCGAACGUCCUGGCCGUUGGUGAUACGCUGCACCUCGGCAGCCCAGUAG